UGCGGUUCCGGGUCGUGGCGCGACUCGGGGCAACAGGGCUGCUGCUUAGCCGGCGGGCGGCGGCGAGCAGCGGGAGUAUGAGGGCGAACCCGGAAAGCGGCAGCUGAGCUGGCCGGGAGGAGCUCAAGUCCCCGAGGAUUCUGAGAGUACUGGGCAGGGGCCGGGAGGCGCAGGGGAGCCGGGCCCUCCCCCCAAGGAACGUGUCCGGGCCGACCUGGCACGUAGUGUGGCAGCACCUUCAGACCAGGAAGACUCAGGAUAAAUUAUACAGCUGGUACGAGACAGAGCCAGGAUUCAAACCCAGGUGUGGACAAGUCUGAGAGGCACUGUACCGUACCAGGCUCCCUUUCACUGGAUCUUGGCGGAUGGUAGGUGAGCCCUCGAAACAAUAUGAAGAGGAGAAAAUAGCCUUUUAAGGAAAUUGGCCCACAGAAAGGAUGGCCUUCUUGGACAAUCCAACUAUCAUUCUAGCUCAUAUUCGACAGUCCCACGUGACCAGUGAUGACACAGGAAUGUGUGAGAUGGUUCUCAUUGAUCAUGAUGUUGACCUAGAGAAGAUUCAUCCUCCUUCAAUGCCUGGAGACAGUGGGUCAGAAAUUCAGGGAAGCAAUGGUGAGACUCAGGGCUAUGUAUAUGCCCAGUCAGUCGAUAUUACCUCAAGCUGGGACUUUGGUAUUAGAAGACGCUCAAAUACAGCUCAAAGAUUAGAACGACUUCGAAAAGAGAGACAAAACCAGAUCAAAUGCAAAAAUAUUCAGUGGAAAGAAAGAAAUUCUAAGCAAUCAGCCCAGGAGUUAAAGUCACUGUUUGAAAAAAAGUCCCUCAAAGAAAAACCUCCAAGUUCUGGAAAGCAGUCAAUAUUAUCCGUACGCCUGGAGCAGUGCCCGCUGCAACUGAAUAACCCCUUUAACGAGUAUUCCAAGUUUGAUGGCAAGGGUCACGUAGGCACAACGGCCACCAAGAAGAUUGAUGUCUACCUCCCCCUACACUCGAGCCAGGACAGACUGCUGCCAAUGACUGUGGUGACAAUGGCCAGCGCCAGGGUGCAGGACCUGAUCGGGCUCAUCUGUUGGCAGUACACAAGCGAAGGACGGGAGCCGAAGCUCAAUGACAACGUCAAUGCCUACUGCCUGCACAUUGCUGAGGAUGACGGGGAGGUUGACACGGACUUCCCCCCGCUGGAUUCCAAUGAGCCCAUUCAUAAGUUCGGCUUCAGUACUCUGGCCCUGGUCGAAAAGUAUUCAUCUCCUGGUCUGACAUCCAAAGAGUCACUCUUCGUUCGAAUAAAUGCUGCUCAUGGAUUCUCCCUUAUCCAGGUGGACAACACAAAGGUCACCAUGAAGGAAAUCUUGCUAAAGGCAGUAAAGCGAAGAAAAGGAUCCCAGAAAAUUUCAGGCCCCCAGUACCGCCUGGAGAAGCAGAGUGAGCCCAACGUCGCCGUGGACCUGGAGAGCACCUUGGAGAGCCAGAGCGUGUGGGAGUUCUGCCUGGUCCGCGAAAACAGUUCAAGGGCAGACGGGGUUUUUGAGGAGGAUUCGCAGAUCGACAUAGCCACGGUACAGGAUAUGCUCAGCAGCCACCACUACAAGUCAUUCAAAGUCAGCAUGAUCCACAGACUGCGCUUCACGACCGACGUACAGUUAGGUAUCUCUGGAGACAAAGUAGAGAUAGACCCUGUUACGAAUCAGAAAGCCAGCACUAAGUUUUGGAUUAAGCAGAAACCCAUCUCAAUCGAUUCUGACCUGCUCUGUGCCUGUGACCUUGCGGAAGAAAAAAGCCCCAGUCACGCCAUAUUUAAACUCACAUAUCUAAGCAAUCACGACUACAAACACCUCUACUUUGAAUCUGACUCUGCGACCGUCAAUGAAAUCAUGCUCAAGGUCAACUACAUCCUGGAAUCACGAGCGAGCACUGCCCGGGCUGACUAUUUUGCUCAAAAACAAAGAAAACUGAACAGACGCACAAGCUUCAGCUUCCAGAAGGAGAAGAAAUCAGGGCAGCAGUGACGCUGGCCGCCAGCCUCGCUCUGCUGCCGUAGCUCCGAGCCUGCCUGCCAGGGCCGGGGCGCCUCGGGUCCCCACCCUCCGGCCAGGUCCUCGUGGGGAGGCCAGCGGUGGCCGUCCGGAGCAGUGCCCAGGGCCAGGCGACCCGGAGGAGCCUCCCGCUUCCUAGCCGAUCGCAGCCGGGGUGUACAUAGCCACGCCCAGACAUUUCCUUGCAACUUGAUCAAAUUUCUUAAAACAAACGAAGAACAAAAAUGUACAUUUCUUUUUUUCCUUUUAAUAAACAGGUGUACUCUUUA